CUCUCUCUCGGGGUCGUGAUGUUUUAUACCUGCGUUCAAGGACUUGCCAGGUUAUCCUGGUUUUGAUUCUUCUUUGCUUCCUUUCGCCAAAUGCUCCUUUUGGUUGCUGAGCAAAUGCAGAGAGCAUCGGCAAAAUCUAGCGGUUUCCCACGAUUCUGGAUUUUGACUAGAAAAACACGAGAAAGAAUCACAAGCUUUCCUGCACCUUGUUCAUGUUUUAAUCGGUUUUCCUCCAUGCAAAUGCAGGGCAAAGUUCCUGCUUUUGUUCUCUUUCUUUUUCCACCCUCCUUAGCUUAUUAUCUUGAUCUUUAUUUGGUUAUCUGGUCCUAAAUGGAAAAAUAAAAAUAAAAAUAAAAAACGAUGAUUAAAUAAGUUCGAUAUUUUGAGAAAUAUAGAACGGUGUAAGUAGGAGUUACCCUUCAUUUUCGUUUAGAAAAAAAAAAAAAAAAAAAGGUUAAUGAGAGUUUAUUCUUUUUCUUGGGAAUUCGAUUCCACUUAGCAGUCUUUCUCAUUGUUACGUAGGAAGCCCCAAAAGUCAUAUCCUCCUGUACAUGGCUGGAUUCUACUAAAUGUUAAACAAAAGAAAGUCAGAUCGGAGUGAAAGUCUCGUUCUCAUUAUUUUAGCAUGAACUUUCCCUUUCGAGAGACAAAAAAUCUGCUAGGUUAGCUGGAAAAUCCGUCUUUGCGAAUUAGAUAUGUGGUCCUAUGAGAAAACAAUUUAAAAGGUAGUUCUUGCCCGGGGGGCGGCAGGUUGAUGGAUAAAGAAAGUAUGGGGUCCCUCCGUGUAUGGGGUUCGUAUUGAUUCCUCAACAGAUUUUUUUUUUUUUCUUUGUAUUAUUUUAACUUUCUUUUUGUUGUGCAAUACACUAUUGUCAAUUUGUGACAUGGAAAUUAGUUGGAUGCACGAUUUGUGCACGGGUGCUUCCCUUGGAAGUAUAAAUAGUUUUCUUUCCUGGAUAUAUGUCAGAAUCUACAUAUUUGCAGGAGAUUAGUUCCAUCUUGAUUUUUCAUGUUCUGUAAAUUUUUCAUGAGCCACUUGCAUGGUUCUGGGAUACCUCAUUUUGAGCUCAAAAUUUGCAAGUUUGUUUCAUGGCAGGCCUGCCUCAGUCUGAAUCACCAUAACUAGAAUGUUGAAGAAAGAUUAUGUGAAAUUCGAGAGUCCACGUGUCAUUUAUCUCGAGACAUAGUUGACCCAGCUGUUCCAGACACCGUUCCGAGUGGUACAAUUAAUCCCUAUUCAGAGUGGAAAACCUCCGUUCUUGAAUGUGGCAUUGCAUGGAGUUGUCUAGACUCUAGUUUUGCUGGGUGGACAAUCAAUUCCGUGGCACCAAUAGGUGCAGUCUCUUCUAUAGUCAUUGCUGACGUAAGAAGAGUAAUCGCGUGGAUUCAAAAUCAAAAGUAGUAAAAGAAAAUCUUUUUGAUCUCACAAAUUGAGCUGGAUCAGUAUUUUGCAGCAUCUCAUUCUCCUGUGAACUGGCAUUAGCAGGUGUUACAGGACAGUUUCCCUGUUUUGAGCUCACAGAUUUAUACAGGAAAAAAAACAAGGUAAGUCGUUGGCAUGGGUUGCACUAUUUCGAAAAAGUCUGAGCGAACACCCGGAUAUGAAGAGCCUAACGUUCUUGCUGCUGCAACACCUUUUACUGCAAGCGAAAUCGAGGCCUUAUACGUGCUCUUCAAGAAAUUAAGCAAUUCGAUUUUUGCUGACGGGCUUAUUCACAAGGAAGAGUUUCAGCUUGCUCUAUUCCGGAGCAGAAAUCGGAGAAAUCUUUUUGCCGAUAGGAUAUUCGAUUUGUUCGAUAUAAAAGGAAAUGGGGUCAUUGAGUUUGGGGAAUUCGUAAGAUCACUUGGUGUCUUUCACCCAGAUGCACCAAUAGAAGACAAGAUUGCAUUUGCUUUCAGGUUGUACGACUUGAGGCAGAUCGGAUAUAUCAAGCGAGAGGAGUUGAAGGAAAUGGUAUUGGCACUUCUUCACGAAUCAGAUUUGGUACUCGCAGAGGAUAUUGUGGAAACGAUCGUGGAUAAGACAUUUAGGGAUGCUGAUACAAAAGAUGACGGACGGAUUGAUCUGGAAGAGUGGAAGGACUUUGUGUUGAAGAAUCCUUCUCUGAUAAGAAACAUGACUCUUCCAUAUCUAAAGGAUAUAACAUUGGCAUUUCCCAGUUUCAUAGUGAGUUCUGAGUAUGAAGAUUCAGAAGUAUGACUCGUUUCCAUCAUGAAGGCGUCAACGACAUUUUGGGUCGAUGUCAUAUAGAACAAGAUGAUGCUCUGAGUAUUUGCCAAGUACAAGCAGUCGUCGAGAGGUAAAAUCUGAAAGCGGGAAGGAGAAUAAGAUGCAGCACUGUCCUCUAGUCCUUAGCUGGCCAUUUUAUGGACAAAGCGGCAUGGAGAUAAAGGGAUAUGUUAUGGAUCCUGGAGCAUUCAAAGCCCCAGUUGUCAUUCAAAUUUUUGAGUUCAGAAAGAUUUGAGUGGAUGUAUGGAAGAGAGGCAUAUUUGCAAUGUAUAAUCAACUUUUUCAUGGACUUCGAGUGUUUAAGAAGAUCAGGUGUAUGUCUAGUAAAGCAUCGGAUCAUACAUGAAUCUAAUAAUAGUCGAUGCAAGGAUGAUCUCGCCCGUGCCAACAGACACUUUGCCAAAGUGAGUACAAGAGAGUUUGGUUCUCAAA